GGAAAUUAAUGGUUGAUGGAAGAGUGGUGGAACAUGCUUACAAUACCAGUACAAUCGAAGCUGUUGACAGACUGCACGUGUUAAGACGGAAGACCCUACGGCUAGCAUUUAAUUAAGAAUAAAAACUUCCAUGAUGCAGGUAGACCAUGCAAGUGAGGAAGUCAACAAAGAACCUCCAAUAAAAAAGCAGAAAAUUUCUGAAGAUAAGACCAUUAGUUCUGACAAAUCACCCAGACUUUUAACACAAAAAACUGAAACUGCUACUGAAAAUCUGGGUUUAAAAUCUCAUGAUGACGAGGCUGUUAAAUAUGACGAGAAAGUGAAGGAAAGUCAUGGUGACAAGACUUCAAACAAGGUUGAAAGGACAGACGAUAAAAGUGGUGGAAAAACAGCUACAGAAGACCAGACUGUAGUUGGGGAAUCUCCCUGUGCACAGGUAGUAGGACCGGCCUCCGAAGAAGAUGUGGGCGUUACUGAAUUCAUUAGCAGUCAUGAUGGAUUUAGUGCCAUUAUAAAACAAAGAUACUCUGAUUUUAUUGUGAAUGAGAUCAGUAAAGAUGGUCUCACUGUCCACUUGACAUCAACAGAAUUACCAGCAGCAGAGCCUCAGUCGGAGUCUGCUGACAAGGAUCCUGAUUCGGAAGAAGGAAUCUCGGAAAUGCACAUUGCAGAGAUUCAAAAGUUGGUUGAGGGCAGAGACCCAAAAGCCAGCUACUUUAUUAAGGUAGAUUCUGACAAAGAAGCAAGGAAGAGAAUUCAUCUGGCGAUAAAGAAGCGGUUCCCUCAAGUGAACAGCAACACUGAGAAACAGGAAGGGGAAGAAUCCUGCAUUAAGAUUUCUCUCAAGUCAAAGGGAGGUGAUCAGCGAUCCGAAUCAACAUGGCCGCCAAACCGAGGUGCCUACUGUCACUUUGUUUUGUACAAGGAGGGGAUUGGGACGAUGGAUGCUGUAAACCUGAUGGCCAAAUUUCUCAGAACCAAAACCAAUGUUUUCCAGUACGCUGGAACCAAAGACAAGCGGGCAAAAACAUCUCAAGAUGUUAGUGCUUUCAAAGUGGAUGCUAAGAAAUUGCAUUCUUUGAACAAUAGACUUAAUAAAAUAAUGUUGGGCAAUUUCAGGUAUGAAAAGGAAAACAUUGCCCUUGCUCAGUUGUCGGGAAAUCACUUUACCAUAGUUCUUAGAAAUGUCACAGGUGAUGAUAGUCAGAUAGAGGCUGCGAUGACUUCACUCAAGAAUAAUGGAUUUAUUAAUUAUUUUGGAAUGCAGAGAUUCGGAACCACUUCCAUUCCAACUCAUCAUGUUGGCAGAGCGUUACUUCACGGCAAUUGGGAAGAAGCUGUGGAACUUAUUCUCCAACCCAGUAAAGCUGGUAAAUGUUGGAUUGUGUCUGAAGGAUCGGCUAAAUCAUUUGAGUCAUCACACAUUGAGAAAACACUUCUACGAGCUUUACAGAAACACGGAGAGAGGAAUUUCUCGGCUGCCUUGUCCCAGAUAGCGAGAAACACGCGUCUUAUGUAUGUGCACGCCUACCAGAGUUAUGUGUGGAAUUCCAUGGUGUCUAAAAGACUCCAGUUGUUGGGUACCAAACCCAUCGUCGGUGAUCUUGUUGUACUGAAGAAUGAUGCCGGCAAGUUGAAGAAUAGUGACUUCCUGGCAACCACGAAUGACCAGGAUGUUGUGAAGGUGAAGCCGCUGGUUCUGGAUGCUGACAACAUUGGAGACUUCUCAUUGGCUGAUGUCGUCCUCCCUCUACCAGGUCACCAAGUUGUCUACCCUGAAAACAAAGUGGCAGAUUGGUACAAAGAAAUCAUGGAGCUGGAUAAUCUGGAUAUUAACAACAUGAAAAAGAGUCACAAAGACUACUCGUUACCCGGUACUUACCGACACAUGAUCAUCACUCCAUCCAACUUCACCUGGAAGAUGUAUCGCUAUGACGACUACCUGGUCCCGUUAGUUCUCAGUGACAAGGACGUGAUGGAGAAACAGCCCGAACCAGUCUCGGUUCAAGACGGCAAGUUUAGAGCUCUGGUGAUGGAGUUGACGUUACCACCAGCUUCAUAUGCAACCAUGGCGUUACGUGAAGUCCUGAAGACGAGCACUUCAGCCUCAUUUCAAACGUCAAUAAAUGUUACCUGAACAUUUCGCUUGGUCCGGGCACAUAUGGAAGGUGUUGGAAAUCUUGGAAAAUCAUGGAUGUAAUUUUCCAGUCUUUGAGAGUCAUAUAUUUUCAGUGAGGUCAUGGAAAGUGAUGGACUAACAAGUUGGGUUGUGGAAAGUCAUAGAAUUUUUAAUUGCGUUAUGGAGAAUAUUACCCCAUUUUAAAAUAACACACACACACACACAUACAUACACAAAAAAACAUGAUAUUUUGAAUUAGGUUAUGAAAUAUAAAAAUUGGUUAAAAAGAAUACUACCCUAUUUUAAAAUAACAUUCUCAUACACACACACACACACACACACACAAACUUGCAAUUUUUAAUUAGGUUAUGAAGAAUAAAAAUGGGCUAAAAAGAAUAUUACCCCAUUUUAAAAUAGCACAUGCACACACACACAUACACACUGAAAAAAAAGCAUAAUAUUAUAUUGAUGAUCAAAGAAAAAAAGUCUUAAAAAGCCUUUUUUUAAAAAGAUCAUGGAAACCGUCUUUUAAAAGUCAUGGGAAGUCGUGGAAGUUUAUAAAAUAUAAAACAAAGUGUGUGAACAUUGUUGGUUUGCAGAUGAUUCUUCAAUCCACAGUGAUAUACCUCCACUUUGUGAAACCAAGAAAAGGUUUUAAAAAACUGCAAAGGUUUCAAACAGCCUACUACUUGAGAAGAAACCAGUUACAUAUAAUGUUACUGAAAGAAUAUCACUCAUCAGACUUCCAUUGCUAUGUGUUCCUGGAAUGUGCUGUCCUGUGUCUGGGAAGUGAAUGUACAAAGACUCCUUGGUGCUUAUUGAAAAGAGUAGCCUAUGUGGCAGAUGCAAAUUUCCUGUGUGUUGCUCCAGAGCAGUGAAGUGGUCAGGAGGGUGAAUACUCAGUUGACUGGUUUCUAUUGUAAUCUAUCCUAUCACAUUCAUUUAACAUUAAACACCAAAACCAGUCUGGGGGUGCGAUCGAUCCCCGUCAGUAGGCCCAUUGGGCUAUUUUUCAUUCCAGUCAGUGCACCACGACUGCUAUAUCAAAGGCUGUGGUAUGUGCUAUCCUGUCUGAGAGAUGGUGCAUAUAAAAGAUCCC